AGGCGGGCUUACGAUUUGAAAGGGCCCAAAAAUGGAGUCCAAGUGGCUGGCUCAAUGUCCACAUUUAAGAACCCCUCAAAAUUGUGGCUUUCCCACAUUUUGGACUGAGGCAGUGAAGUUCUAUCCUGAGGAACAGGCCGUGCUGAGUGCCUCGCACGACAUGCUGCGUUUGCACCCCUGCGACGCCAUCUCCAGUACCAGUGACACCAUGGACGUGGACUGGAAGGGCCUCCAGGACAUGCGGCUCUGCUACCCCGACGAGAAGCUCUUGGCUGUCACUGCCGAGGGCUCCCAGUUGGGCAUUUGGGUGGUCGAGAGUUUCUGGAAGGCAGACCUGCGCAGGGAGAAGGUGGUCGGGCGGCCGCGAGGGAACGCUGGCCGCGUGUCACCCACCCAGGCGCCCCCUGGGCCGAUCGACGCCGAAGAGGCCACGUCGAGCUACGCGGAGGUAGCAGCGGAGGUCAAAGCCGCAGCUGCCGCCGCAAUGGAGCGGGUCCACCACUUUAGGGAAGGAGGUGACGCCAUGCCCGAGCCGCCACGACGGCCAGUGGAGAGGCGGCCGGAUCGCCCAGUGGAGCGGCCGCUGGAAAACCCGGCGCGGGCGCCCAUGGAGCGCGCGCCCAUGGAGCGGGCGCCCAUGGAGCGGGCGGAGCGGACGGAACGGCCAGAGCGGCCUGACAGUCCUGGACCCCCGCAGGUGGAGGCGAAAUCCCCGCAGAGCAGCUACAACGGCCUUCGAGCACCAGUGGCUCCAGUGGCACCCAUGGAGCCGCCCGUUGCGUCGCCUCCGGUCUCACGUCCGGAGACGAGGCUGGACAUGGACACGAUCGCCACGCAGCACCCGCAAAUGCUGGGGGUGCUGAAGCGCAGAUUGGAGCAGACCCGUCGGCUCACGGAGCUUUGGGCGCAGGGCAACUUCUCGAGCAUCGGCUCCGUCCUCACCAUGCCGCAGGACCAGGCGGUGCUUUGUGACCUCGCCCGCGGUUUGAUGCGGAAGGACCUGGGCUCCGCUUUGACCUUGGACGCCUGCUGGGCCUUUCUCCCCUUGCUGAAGGAGCUGCUGCUGACCAGCAAGUACGAGGACUUCAUCGCCACCGCGCUGGAGUUCACGGAGCUGCUGCUGGGGCAGUUCGGAAAUCUCAUCAGCGAGACCCGGGAGAGCUGUGCGCGGAUCCCGGAGAGGCAGCUGGACCUCGCCCGGGAGCAGCGGAUGCGGAAGUGCUCCUCGUGCUACGAGCACUUCAAGGAGAUCCACCAACUGCUGGUGGCAGGCCCCAGCGCCAGAUUCGGCAAGCUGAACAGCAGCCUGCAGGAUAACACCUUGAGCAUGGCCCACGAGGGCCACGUUUGCUCAAUGGGCUAUGUGCCGAUGAGGAUGGGUGCUGGCAUGCGGCCUGGCGUGCCUCAGCUCACACCAGCCAGUGGCUACCAGCUGGUGCGCCUGACUUGGCUGGGCUCGUCGCUGGGCAGCGCCAAGCUGGUGACGGCGCUGAAAUUGGUGACAAUGACAACUUCGCCCCAGCCAGUCUGGAAACUAUUUGGUGAGGACUGCAUCAUUGAUGCAAGCAGGCCGAGUGCAGACUGGACAAGGAUGGAAGUGGGCCAGACGAUAUUCCAGAUCAGCAAGGACCCGCCGAUGCAGGUCGUGCCAGACUUUCUGUCGCCCAAAGAGGUGGAUGAACUGCUGGCCCUUGUCCGAGACCGCUGGCAGCCAUCCAUGAUUGAUCCGUACGGCACCGGGGAAGUGCAGCGUUCCGUGCUGGACCGCAGCUCUUACCAAUGUGACCUGCGCUUCCAGGAGACGCCGCUGGUGGCGCAGGUGGAAGGGCGCCUGGCUGGUUUGGCGCAGCUCCCAGUGGAGUGCCUGGAGCCCUUGGCCCUGGUGAGGUACGCGCCAGGGCAAUUCUUCGAUUUGCAUCAUGAUGGCCCCGAUCGUCCGAAGACCAUCUUCGUAUACCUGAACGAUGUGGAGGAGGGUGAGACCUAUUUUCCGCUGCUGGGCCUCAAGUUUACGCCACGCCGUGGCACGGCGGUGAUGUGGUGCAACAGCGCUGAUGGUCAGGUGGAUGACCGCAUCUUGCAGGAUUUAGAGUCUGGUGGAAGGUGGAAGCCAUACGGUUUAGAGUCUGUAGGUUUUUUUUUUUUUUUUUUAGGUUUUGCAGUGCAGAGUCUGAUUUAUUUCCCCCUUUUAAUGAUCGUGUUAGAUUCUUUUCCCGCUAACAAAUGCGGCUUUUGGCAGACCAACGAAAGGCAUGUAUCAUCAGGCGCUGCCUGCCUGGAACGGCAUGAAGUACGGGAUGAACUGCUUCUUCAACUGCCAGGAGCAACGUGA